AUUAAAGAACGGUGCAGAGAAUUAUUGAAGUGAAAAUGUAUGCCAUGGCUGCAAUGAAGAGUGAAGGCGUAGAGAGGUGUGGACGGCGGCGAUCGAUUCGCGAGGCGGAAGAUAAUGAAGCCGCAAACACCGGAGAUAGCAGGCGCAUAAAGAGACGAAGAAGAGACGCAGAAAGCUGCGAUGAGAUACAGACACAGAAACAACAAGAAGUUGUUGAGACGACAACGACGACAACGUUGGCGGCUCCUCCGACUGUGAAGAGGAGUUCGAGGUUUCGAGGGGUUAGCAGGCACAGAUGGACUGGCAGAUAUGAAGCGCAUUUAUGGGACAAGCUCUCCUGGAAUGCCACCCAGAAGAAGAAAGGCAAACAAGUUUAUCUCGGAGCUUAUGAUGAAGAAGAAGCUGCAGCAAGGGCAUAUGAUUUAGCAGCAGUCAAGUACUGGGGGACAUCAACUUGCACUAAUUUCCCGAUCUCUGAAUAUGAGAAAGAAAUUGAGUUCAUGCAAACUGUGACAAAAGAAGAGUACCUGGCCACAUUAAGAAGAAAAAGCAGUGGGUUUUCAAGAGGAGCAUCAAAGUACAGAGGUGUUGCUAGACAUCAUCAUAAUGGAAGAUGGGAAGCAAGAAUAGGAAGAGUUUUUGGGAACAAAUACCUCUACUUAGGCACUUACAGUACCCAAGAAGAGGCAGCUCGAGCAUAUGACAUUGCAGCAAUAGAAUACAGAGGCAUGAACGCUGUCACGAACUUUGAUCUCAGUACUUAUAUCAGAUGGUUGAAGCCAGGGGUGAACAGCCCUCUACUUGAUAUUUCACAAGAAAGCAAGCCAAAUGCGGUGCCUGAGGCAUUGCUACCCUCCAACUUCCAUUCAGCAAUGGCCAACAUCUCCCAAACAGAACCUUACAGGGCAGAUGACAAUAAUGAUCAAGUAUUUGAAGCAAAAUUGCCUAUUAAUAGAUGCAGAAACUCGUCUUCUCCAACCGCGCUUAGCCUGCUCCUCAGGUCUUCCAUAUUCAGAGAACUGCUUGAGAAGAACUCGAACAUAUCAGACGAAGAAGACGACAGAAAAACUGUAUAUGGUGACCAACAAAACGACGAUCAGGUCAGUAACGGAGAUGAGUAUGCCGCCGCAGAUAUCUAUGAUGCAACUGCAGACAUUCCUUUUCUGCUUUCUUCCGAUGGCCAUGGCGGCUUUGAGUUGCAAGGACAGUUACAUUUCAACUGCGACAGUUCAGCCAAUGUUGUGGGAACAAUCUUAUAA